CAGCAUGGAUGUUCAGACUUUUCAUGGGAAGGAAUCAAUCUGUCUAUGGAAGACACCACGUCCAUCCUGCCUCGUCUGAAGAGGAACAACUCCAAUAACUAUGGGAUCGGUGCUCUGGCUAAGUCCUCACUGACAGGUGUGUCAGGUGUGAAUCGCUCCAUGAAGGACAAGGUGACCAAGCCUACAUCCAUGGCCCAAGGCCGGAUGGCACACAUGAUCGAGUGGCAGAACUGGGACAUGUCUGUGGUGGGCCCGGGGGGUGUCUCCGUCCCACGCAAGUCCACAGCAGAGCAGGAGAUGGAGAGACGGUUGGAGAGCGACGCCUACAGCGACCUCAGUGACGGGGAGAAAGAGGCUCGCUUUGCCGCAGGUAUCCUGCAGCAGUUUGCCAUCUCCCAGGCAACGCUCAUGGCCUGGACCUCCAUGGAUGGAGAGAGCCUGAGGUCAGGGUCCAACCAGGGCAGUGUGGCCCACCUCAGCGAGGUUAACCAGGAGAGCAUCACCAGCCGAGACCAGAUAUUGCACCACUCCUCUGCGGACAUGUGGCCCAACACCUAUGUCGCCCAGGGCCUCUACUGCCUCUCCUCCUCUGACGCCUGGGAGCCAAUCAGCAACGAGCCCUCCGGAGUGGCCUCUCCCGCUGCUGGCUCCUAUGUGAUGCAGCAGGGCGGGACUUCCUGUGAUGGGUAUGAUGGGAACGCGUUGCAGCAGCAGCAGCAGCAGCAGUUCAACCUACAGCAGCAGAGUCAGCUCCAGCAGCUGCAGCAGCUACAACAGAUACAGCACUACCAGCAACAGCAGCUCCUGUAUCAGCAACAACAGUCUCUGGAGCAAAGGCUGCACAGCGCCAACCACUCGUUGCAAGCCACGCCCAACAGCACCAUCCACAGCCUGGCCCCUGCUACCCACGCCCCAUUGGUGGACCUGUGGGGGGCGGGUCAGACAGAGUCCUAUCAAGCGGAUAUCGGAGGGUACAACAUAGGCGUGGCAGCGGUGGUGGAGGCGGCUUUGAAUGUUCCGUCUGGGGAUGAGGGGGCGGGGACAGACCAUUCCCAUCUGCUGGAGCAGCAGGAGGAGGAAGAUGAACUGAAGGACGAGGAGGUGACACUCUGCAUGGAGCCGGAGUCUGCCACUCUAACACAGAGAGAUGAAGCCAUCACCUCCGGGGGCAGUAGUCCUGGGCAACGUAGUCCGGGGCGCAGUAGUCCGGGGCAACCACCAGCACAGCAAAUCACAGAGCGGAAGGCCUCUGAUGUCAGCUGUGGAGCCAUCCAGAUGCUGGAGGAGAAGGAGGAGAAGCAGGGGUCCACUGUUGCUGCCAUGGCAACCAACUGAUUGACAGAUCGUCCUGAGAAACGUGACAGACUGACCCUCGGCGUCAGGAAUGACUGAGCCUAAUAAUUAAAUAUUUAUCAAUAAAUCUGUUCCUUUUCAGGUAUCAAACACAUUUUUGAUGGGAUAUAAACUCUUGUGACCACUGAAGAGCAGAGGAGGAAGAUUUGGAAACAGAGUCACGCAGUGACAACAGCUGGUCCAACGGACAACUUUUUUUUGGAAGCCUUACAUUCCCAGAGAGAAGGAGGAGGGAGGGAUGAAUAGAGGGAGGGAAAAAAGACUGAGCGAGAAAAAGGAGGUAUGAGGGGAUGAUAAAAAGAAGAGGAGCAGCUGAGAUUGAGACAUUUGUAUCAGGAAGAGGAAAUGGAGGAGGAGGGAAUUGUAACAUGCAUGCUUUUUAAACAAACGACUUUAUCCAGUCCAGCGUCAAAUAUGAUAAUGAUCAUUAAAUCUAUAGUAAUAAAACGUUAUCAUGAAAACAAUGAUUUUCUAACAAAGAAAACAAUCAUGACAACACAAAAAUCUAUGUAUAAGUGAAUGAUAAAAUAAUAUAUAUCAAAAUCACUGUUUUUACAACACUAUCUCUCCAUUGGAGAACUACUCUGUUUACAGCUUACACUCAACACAUCAUAUAGAAUAAUAUCAACCCCAUAACUUGAAGAACAGAAACACUCACACGUUAUACCCUCUCCUCUUAUGUCAUUCACAUCUAGCAUCCACAACACUUAUAGAACUAACUGCACGAAUACAGAGCAACUUUAGUAGAUUGUGUUCAUCAUAACCCCCUAAAAAUUACACCUAUUCAAUUAUCCCCAAAAAUGAUUUAAAUCCAAAUUGGCUCUCUGCAACCUAACGACUGCAGUGAAAUCUACUUGAACCCUCCUAACACAGUUAGAAAGAAAACAAUGUUACUAUGUUGCUGUGUCUCCAGAUGUCCAAGGCACAUAAAGGCUGCAGGCCUGUCGGCCACACACACAGCACUGCACAGUUAAAGGAAUGUACUAUACAGUAAGAUAGUGUGCUUCCUACUCUGUCUUUCCGUAUGUUUCUUCAGAAUACUAUGGAGUACCUGUCCUAUAGUGAACUGUAUAGACUUUGCACUGAACCUAGGACACGGCUGGUGCUGGGCCAGAGAAGACUCAGGGCAUGGAGCUCCUUGUAGUCUGCUUGACUGUGCAUCAUGACUGACAGGUCCUUGUCAUGGAGUGAAUGGUGAAGAGACAGAGCUGUAGUAGUGAAUCCCUUUGCACUGAUGCCAUCCAACAGAUCAGAGGCUGCCUUUGGACUCUGUCACACGUCAAUGUCCUUGAUUACUGUUCAGAAAGAGCUCUUAGCAUCACCAAGAACCAAAACAGAACCACUAGACGAGAUGGAUUCUGAGCUGUUGUUCCAGGUUCCAAACUAGAGAUGGCUGGAGGAAGAGGGAGUGCUCUGGAGAGUUUUGGUACCAACAGAAAGAGGAUUUAGAUUGAGAUGUGCUUGAUGUGAUUGUUGUUUUGAUGUCAGCUCUUGGGGACAAUACCAAGCUUUUCUUUGUGGAGAAAAGAUGAGGAGAAAAUGUUUCUCUGAAAGGUGUAGGUUAGAGCUGUUUGAAUUGGGUGCUGAUUCUUAGAAGGGAAAAAACACAUCUUCAAAAUUGUAACUAAUUAGUGAGGAGCCAAACACAGGUCUCUUAAACGGUUUGUGGCCACUACUGUCAUAUAGAUGUAAAUACUAAUGAGAGAGGAUAUCAACCAUCUCUCACAGUCCCCACUGCAACAGUUUCUUUAGUUUUCUACACGUCUCAGUCCCAGCUCUUUCCUUUGGGAAUCUUCCUGAGCUCCCAAAUUAAGCGUAUUGCGUUUAGAUUUGUUUCUAUCACCACACAAGUAAAAGGAAAAGGAUAGUGGAAAUAUUGGAUAUCGGAAUACUGUUAUAGAAUAAUGCAAAGGACCUACUUUGACUAGGUUUAAGGAGAACAUUGAAGUCAAUCAGGGAAUAGAACUGAAUAGUAGAACCAAACACUAGAACCGAACAGAACCGGUAUCUUCCUGCUCAUGGUGACUACAGCGAUGGAGCAGAACUCUGCCUGUCGAGUGUGACGUUUGAGUUAGCGUGUGUAUUUCCUGAAGAGGAAAGUGUGUAUCCCAAUGGAGGAAUGGUAGUGAAGUUCAGAGACAUGAUAGAAUAGUGGAAUUUUGGAGAUACUGGUCUGGAAUAUCUGUGCAUGUGUCACUAAUAAAAACAACAUCAAUAGCAGUUAUUAUUAUUAUUAGUAUUCUUAUUCAUAUCAUUAUGAAUAUUAUUAUUAUUAUUAUUCAUAUUAUUAUUAUGUGACGGAGAACAACCUCCUUUCACUCUGAUGAUUGUGUGAAAAAAAACUUUUAAGAUAGAAAAAAGGUUUAUUGACUUGAAUUCAUGAACUUAUUGAUUGAUUAUUUAUGCAAUGUUGGGACAAUGUUUAUUUUUCUACUGAAUGAUUGA